UCGGCUCGGCUUCACCAUGAUCGCCGUGUCGUUUAAAUGUCGCUGCCAGAUCCUGCGCAGGGUGAACAAAGAUGAGGGGCCGUACACCAAACACUCCACCGGGUCCAGACCUCCAGACGGAGCGCUGGCCAUCAGGAGGCAGAGUAUCCCGGAUGAGUUCCGGGGCUGCUCGGUGGUGGAGCUGAUGAAGAAGGAGGGGACAACGCUCGGACUGACGGUUUCAGGCGGCAUCGACAAAGAUGGGAAACCCCGGGUUUCAAACCUGCGGCAGGGAGGCAUCGCGGCCCGGAGCGACCAGCUGAACGUGGGCGACUACAUCCGCGCCGUGAACGGCAUCAACCUCUCCAAGUUCAGACACGAUGAAAUCAUCAGUCUGCUGAAGAACGUCGGGGAGCGGGUCGUCCUGGAGGUCGAGUACGAACUGCCGCCCGUCUCCGUGCAGGGGUCAGGGGUCAUGUUCAAGAACGUGGAAGUCACGCUGCACAAAGAAGGAAACAGCUUCGGCUUCGUCAUCAGAGGAGGGGCCCAUGAAGACAGGAACAAGUCUCGUCCCAUCGUCGUAACAACAAUCAGGCAAGGUGGACCGGCCGACAGAGAAGGAACCGUCAAACCGGGCGAUCGGUUGCUAAGCAUCGACGGGAUUCGUCUCCACGGCAGCACGCUAUCGGAGGCCAUGAGCAUCCUGAAGCAGUGUGGACAGGAAGCUACGCUGCUGCUUGAGUAUGACGUCUCAGUGAUGGACUCGGUUGCCACGGCGUCAGGGCCGCUGCUCGUGGAGGUUGCCAAGGCGUCUGGUUCCAGUCUGGGCGUGGCUCUGUCCACCUCCAUGUUCUGCAGCAAGCAGGUCAUCAUCAUCGACAAGGUCAAACCAGCCAGUAUAGCAGACAG